ACAACGAAUACACAUUUUGGUUUUUAUUUCAUUGAAAUAUUUUACCUGGUUCAAAAGAUAUGUGCAAAAAGGUCGCCAAGGUAUGGGUACGUAGGUAGCAAAUUAUAACUGGUUUUUGUAUUUUAUAUGCAGCUGCAAGGGUUGUUUUCACACGAGGUGUUGUUAUAAAUGCUGCCUGUUCAUAUUUUCAUUAUUGUUUUGGUGCUCAAAGGUGUAAGAAGUGAAAAUAUAAGUGAAAAUAAAAAUAACUGAAACUAUAAAUAACUGGAUACGAAAUGACUUCAAGAAGAAACGAAUAUUUAUCAAGUGCAGCAUAUAGAAGGCUAACUGAGGAAUAGCGAGAAUCAUAUAUACAAUCUUUAUUUGAUGAAAUUUGUGACGAUGACGCUCCCUAUGACUUUGACUCAGAAGAUGAAGAAGAAAUUCCAAUUAAUGACAUUGAAAUUGCUGAUGACGAUGCUGAAGUAUUACCUGAUUAAGCGGACUAUGAGGAUGAUGAAGAAGACGAUGAAGAAGAAGAAGUAGAAGAAAAUAAUGAAUUACCUGCUAGUGCCGAAAAAUUUGUUGCACGUGAUGGUACUGAGUGGAGAUUUAUGGGAGUCAACCGUUUCUGUUCGAUAUUGCGGUUCCUAAGAUUUGACGAUAACAACACUCGUGCAACACGCUUACUAACUGAUAAAGCAGCACCGAUCAGUGAGUUGUGGACGAUGAUGAACAAUAAUCUUGCUGCACAUUACAAGCCCAGCUCAUGCUUGACGAUUGAUGAACAAUUAUUUCCUUACCGUGGACGCACACGGUUUACGCAGUACAUACCGUCAAAACCUGCUAAAUAUGGUGUCAAGGUUUUGUGGAUUUGCGAUGCCACAAAUGCAUAUCCACUGCAUGGAGAAAUAUAUACUGGCCAAGCAGAAACUGGUAGGGAAACGAACCAAGGCGAACGAGUGGUGAAGGAUUUGUCUGCCAAAUACCAAGGAAGUGGCCGAAACAUUACAAUGGACAAUUUGUUUACGACCUUGCCAGUUGCAGAACGGCUUCUCACCUGGAAACUCAUGAUCGUUGGAACUUUGCGCAAAAACAAAUCAUAUAUUCCUCAAGAAAUGAAGCAGAACAAAAACAGGACAAUUGGUUCAACGACAUUUGGCUUCAAAAAUAAUGUGACAAUGUGCUCUUAUGUUCCCAAAAAAAAUAAAGCAGUAAUUUUGCUUUCGACCAUGCAUAAUGAUGCUGAAAUAGCUGACAGUGGGAAACCUGAAAUAAUUGAAUAUUAUAAUCGUACCAAAGGUGGUGUUGAUCGAAUGGACCAAAUGUUUGCGGAAUAUCCAACACAAAGACAAACAAAACGAUGGCCACUAGCGAUGUUCUUCAACAUGUUGGACAUAACAGCUCUUGCAGCCUACAUUGUCUACGAUUUGAAUAACCCUUUGUUGCCUUGGAGAACAAACAAUAAGCGUAAGCAGAUCCUGCGCAGCUUGGCUGAAGCAUUGUGUGUGCCCAUUAUUGAAGCCAGAGCCAUAAAUCGUCAAGUGACGCGAAAUUUGUCGACUAAAAUUGCUAUUGAAGCAUAUUUCAACCGACCGGUGGAAUCAAUGGUGUCAACAGCAGCAUCAACAUCUGCCGCAGCGCGCACGCCAAAACCUGUGUACGGAUCUUGCUAUUUGUUACGCACAAGAGGAAAAACGCCGUAGAAAAACCAGAAAGCUGUGCGCCAAAUGUAAGAAGCCAAUGUGUCUUGAACA